CUCUCUACUAGUAGGCGAGAGUACAAAAUGGGGGUCUCUCCCCCCCCAUGGAACAACCGUGAAUACAAACACAGACCCAACCGGAAUAGAUACUAUGCACGCCGCGGCUACCACGGAGAUGCCAACGUCGGAGUCCUUGGUUCCUUCUUCACCACCAUUGUUACCCGAGUCGCGGGGUCCCCACGUCUACGCUGUUCUCUACACCAAACACAAGAGUCAAAAACAAAAAGUGUGGCACGACGGGAAACUCGUCGUGCCAAUGCCGACCCACGUCUCGUCGUCGUCGUCAAUCCAUCGUGGAAUCUUGUACCCCGCCGUACCAACGCCCGGUACCGGAGACGGUGUUCUCGACGAAAUCGAAUGGAGCCACCACCACUGUCACUCGUCAGUAGUAAUGGGGACACGACUCGAAACGGAACAAUACUUGGUGGAAGUUCAAGGACCCUGGGUACCGUCUCACACGAACCCCGACAACAACAAUGACCACCACGACAAGAACAACGGGUACCCGUCACGAACGACGGUUCCCUCGAAAGGCAUGCAAAAACUCUUGCGGCACAAAUUUCGCAAGCCUCCCACGAAACUACCCGACGUACCACCAGCCACCUCGUUUCUACACCGUCGCAAACGGCCGUUGCAACCGGGCGAACUGACAAAGAGUCAGCGUUAUUCGGGCCUGUCGCACGUCACGGAACCCACCGGGACGCACUCGCAACCACCGUCGGCACCACCCGGACCGCAACAACCACCACCACCGUCGGGGAGGUUCCCUCCGUCAUGGUCGACAAUGAUGGAUGCUACCGUUCACCCACCAGCAACAAAGUCUCUGCCAACACACCGUGUGCCGUCCGAUUUCCAUACUCGUCCCAACGGAUUUGAUCCGGCUAGCUUUUACGGGGAAGAUGAGGAAGACGACGACGACAAAAAUGACAACCAAAAUGGAGUAGCGACGGCCUGGAAUUCCCUUUAUCUAGCAGAGACAAUGCAAACCUCGGCUUCGACCUUAUCCUCGCUCGGAACUACUCCGGAACCUUUUCCUACAAACCCCGACAAGGAAUCAUUCAACACGACUCCCGUUGCUGCUGCUGCUGCUGCUACUACUACUUCCCAAAAAAUAGUCCGGCCAGCAACAGCUCGCGUGAAGGACACUGGUGACAACGGUUCGGGAAUAACCGACGCGACAGCCAGUGCUGUUCCAACAAAAAGUAAUUUCGGCAGCACCGAGUCUACGGUAGUUCCAUCGAAACCAACGCGCGAAACUUUGUCGAACGCGGAACUCUUGAGCUUAUUUGGAGCCGCCCCGGUAAGGACCGCCGCCACGUUGUUGCCGGGACGGCCGCAACCAUCCGACAUUCCCCCAGACGACCAUCACUCGUUUACACUCCCACUCAAUGCGGAUAGUGAAGACUCGUCCGAGGACGAAUAAGUUAGCGUUACCGAGACGUUCGUCUUUCU